GGUUUGUCUUUGGUUUGGUAUUUUGGUGCUCUCUUUGUCUUUGGUUUGGUAUUUGGGAGUUUUGCUCCGGGAACCUACAAAAUUGAAGAACGACAUUUGGUCGAUUACUUGUGAAUUACGAAUACAUUUGGUAUCUAAAUUGGGACUUGGUUCUGUUGUUAAUUUGGGUUCGUAAUUUGCGAGUAGAUCGAUAGUCCGUACUUCAAUAACUGGAACGAGCAAAACUUGGACGUAACAUAAAGUUCUUCAAUUAUUGGUUCUGUGUUCAUACCUUGAAUUUUCUGGAUAUUUUGGGUCCAAAUUCCUGGUCUUAUUGGUCGAUUUCGUUUGGAUUAAUUCGGAUUUGUUUUGGUAAUUGAUUAUUUGGAACAACAAAUACGAUGGAAACACGGAGCAAAAGGCUGAAGGAAAAUGACGAAAUGGAUGGUAAAAUUCCUAAAGCUGUUUGUGGUAUGUCUGAUGUUAAUGAUGAUAAAUGUGAUAAUGUUAGUCUUAAUAGUAUGUCCUCUAGCCAGCUAAGUACUUCUAGAUUAAAAUUAGAUAAAGCAUUACUGAGGAAAAGGAAUUUAGAGAAGAGACUCGAAUUAGAACGGCAACUUAAGAUGUUAGAUCUACAAGAAGAGGUUGAUAUCGCUGAACUAGAAUGCAAGGCUAUCGAGGACGAUGAACGAUUACCCGUAGAUAAAUGUGGGAUAAAUGCUAAAGUGGAAAAUUAUUUGGAUUAUGAUACUGGGUGUAAUAAUCACUCAGGGGAGGUAUGUAACAUCUCAAAUGUCGAUUGGGUCGGUGAGCUGAAGGACACGUUACAUACAAUGGUUAGUAACAUGGUUUUACCUAAGAUCGAUAUGAUGUACUUUGAUGGGCAACCGGGUCAGUAUUACCGUUUUAUUAGUCAGUUUAGUAGCCUUAUAGAAAGUAAAUUGUCAGAUAAGGGCCAAUUGUUGUCGUAUUUGUUAUAUUAUUGCAAGGGAAAGGCCAGAACAGCAAUUGAAUCUUGCGUUUCUUUGCCCAGUGAUUUGGGCUAUGAUAGGGCUAAACGAAUUUUGUAUGAUUUAUUUGGUAAAGAACAUCUUGUUGCACGAGAACUAAUUAUUGAGUUAUUAAACCAUAAACCUGUCGGAGGAUCAGCUGACGUAUUAACUGACUUUGCGAUUAAGUUGCGUAAUGUAUGUAUAACGUUGAAGCAAAUGGGAUAUAUGUCUGACGUUAAUUCUACGGCUAAUUUGGAGGUAAUAGUUUCACGCCUACCACUAGAAUUGCAGAAUAAGUGGGUGGAAGUCGCCGAUAAGAUCAUGAUGCAUGGGAAGGAGCCGAGCUUUGAAGAAUUUGUGGUCUUUGUAGAAGAGAGGGCCAGAGUUGCCCGAACCCGUUAUGGUAGAUUAGUACACUGUAACUCAAGGUUCGGUAAAAGGAAUUCUGAAGGCCAAGCUGAUAGAUCACGCUUUCAUGCAAUUAGACGAGACCCAAAUAGCUCAGUCAAGGUAUCACGUUGUGAAAUCUGCGAAGGUGAUCAUGAGGUGAAAAAUUGUCCAAGGUUAGCAAAAAUGAAUGUAAGAGAAAGGAGGCAGGAGGUAAGAAAACGUGGUCUAUGUUACUUAUGUUUGAAGAAAGGUCACAUAGCUAUGACAUGCAACUCAGGCAUCAAGUGCGACGUUGAGAAUUGCAAGGUUAGACAUAAUUCAUUAUUGCAUAUUGAUAGUAUUGAUAACCAUGUGUUGAACCUAGCUAAGGAUUGGAACUCUUCAAGGGUUUGUCUGGGGAUCGUUCCAGUCAGACUAUACGGUCCCAAAGGAUGUUUAGAAACAUACGCACUUCUAAAUAGUGGUUCGGACACUUCUCUUGUAUGUGAAGAAUUAAUUAAUCAGUUGGGUAUCAAAGGUAAAGAGACUUCGAUAAGAGUGGCGACUGUGAACGGAACUACCAAUUGUGAUUGUUUGGAGGUAAAUUUAGAGGUAUUUUCAUUAGAUGAACAGGGUUCUAUAAGGAUCAACAAGGUUUACACGACCAAGAAACUUCCAAUCGAUCAUGCAGCACCUUUAACCGAACUCCAACUGAAACGGUGGAAACAUCUUAAGGACAUAACCCUUCCGAGAUUGCAAAGUAAUUUUGUAGGAAUAUUGAUUGGGUGUGAUGCUCCGGAUGCACAUUGGGUCCUGGAACAACGUCUGGGGGACAGGAAGCAUCCGUUUGCUGUGCGUACUCAUCUUGGUUGGAUGAUUAUAGGUCCUAAGGGAGUAUCAAGGUCUCUACAUCAAGUUCAGUUGUGUCAUUGUUCCACCAAUGAUAUUUUGCGAGAUUUAGGAAGAUUAUAUGAUCAUGAGUUCGAGGAUACAGAUACGUUUCGUAAUGGAUAUUCUGUUGAAGAUAAAAAAGCUCUAGAAAUAGUUAGCAGUUCGUUUAGAUUGGAGGGUGGUCAUUUCCAAGUUGGUCUACCAUGGAAGUAUGAUAAGCCAAGACUACCGAAAAAUUUGGAACUGGCUGAACGCAGACUAGAAUGCUUAAGGAAGAGGUUUAUGAAAGAUAACAGUCUUUUGGAGAAAUAUCAAGUUGUGAUGAAUAAACAUUUAAGAAAGGGCUACAUCAUUGAAGCCAGUGAAGAGGGAUUUGACUAUGAUGCUGUUUGUUGGUAUAUUCCUCAUCAUCCUGUUAUCAACCCUAAAAGGCCUGGAAAAUUGAGAAUUGUUUUUGAUUGUGCGGCUGUCUAUCAAGGUUGUUCUCUUAAUGACCAGCUUUUGAGAGGACCGAAUACUGUAAAUAGUUUAAUUGGUGUACUUCUACGAUUCAGAUUAGGUAACGUAGCAUUAGCUGCUGAUAUCGAAGAGAUGUUUCUUCAAGUAAAGAUUCCGAGACAAGACAGGGGAGCAUUUCGUCUAUUGUGGUGGGAAGACGGUGAUAUACGACGAACGGCUAAGGCAAGAGCAGCCUCCUCGAAGGUCCAAACUAUACCGCGCUUGGAACUUACGGCAGCAGUUUUGACAGCUCGCAUGGGAUCCCAGCUGCAGUCAGAAUUAGAUAUUAAGUUUGCAGAGGUUAAUUUUUGGACGGAUUCUAUGAUUGUCUUACACUAUAUUAGAAAUGAGAAAAGCCAGUUUAAAACAUUCAUAGCAAAUCGAAUUUCGACUAUUCAGAGUCUUACUAAGGUGGACCAAUCGAGAUUCGUACCUUCUAAAGAAAACAUAUCAGACUUUGCAUCCAGAGGGGUCAAGUUUGACAUUGAUGAUGUCAAGGUAUGGGAGGAGGGUCCACGUUUUCUCAAGAAGCCGAAGGAGUGUUGGCCUGCCGCUGAUGUACAAGGUCCUGACCCUCAUCUAUUGGAAAUAAAGAAAGCAAUGUCGGCGCAUGUAAUGGCUGAAAAAUCCACUGUUGAUCAACUUAUUAAUUAUUAUUCAGAUUGGACUAGAUUACUUAAGGCUGCUGCGUGGUUAACCCGAUUUAAGCGAUAUUUACUGGUAAUGCGUUCUGGUAGAACUGAUCUGUCUCAACAGGUGGGUAUGCUUAGAUUUGAUGGGUUAAAUUUCGCUUGUUUAGAUUUAAUUCUAUAUGUCCAACGCAUAGUAUUUCGGAAAGAGAUUGAAAUGUUAUCGUCUGAUACCACUAGCAAGGUGAAGAUAACGAAUUCACCGUUACGAACUUUAAAUCCAAUGAUGAUUGGAAGAUGGGCUUUAUGUUCUGCGGACUCAAAUAGUUGUUUGUGUGUGAUUAUGCAAUGGUGCCUGAAGCCAUGUGUUAUGGUUAUUCAUUUUCUAAAAGAACUAGAAGGGUCCAAUGUUACGAUUUGGAAUCAGAAUAGAGAGUUCGCAGUAAAUAAAGGAAUUAAUGGAUUGGUCCUCUAUACGUGUUUAUAUAUCCAUAUUUACGUUAGUGUAUAUGAGCUUCUAUGGAGGAUGAAGCAUUUUGUUAGAUGGUUGAUAUUGCGAUUGUUUAUGUUGGCGCAAAUAUUCUGGAAACGUUUGUCUAAGGAAUAUGUUUCAUUGUUGCAACUUAGACACAAAUGGACUCAACCAGAGAUGAACAUAGGAGAGAGUAACUUGGUGGCGACAUGUACUGGGUUUUUAGAGAAAGACAAAUGGUUAUUAGGUCUGGUAAUGAAAGUGACACCUAAUAGUGAUAGGUUAAGACCGAUGGAGUUGCGGACAAGCGUAGGGAUCUUGGUAAGAGAUAUUAGAAAACUGCGUCUAGAAGUUGUAGAUAUUAGGUAGCUAUUCGGAUCCCUAGGCGUACUGGUGUAAGUCCUAGGGAUCACGAGAUUGUUGGUAUAGUGAGUGUUUGUUGUUGAUUGUUUGUGAUGCAUAUACUUGGAUUCUUGUUGUUUAUUUAUUUGUCUGUGAAAAGAACCAAGGUUCUUUUGGUCGGGAGUGUUACGGGAGAACUGAAGACAUUUGGCGGAUUAAAACCUUUUAUUGUACAUUAAUAAUUUACUGUGCUUUUGGAUGUAAUUGUUUUACUUAACUUUUGAACUUGUUUGUUUAUAUCAUUACUUCGGACAUUUUGGUUUGUCUUUGGUUUGGUAUUUUGGUGCUCUCUUUGUCUUUGGUUUGGUAUUUGGGAGUUUUGCUCCGGGAACCUACAAAAUUGAAGGUUUGUUUUGUAAUUGUUAUAAUUAUUGUUAUUAGAACGACAUUUGGUCGAUUACUUGUGAAUUACGAAUACAUUUGGUAUCUAAAUUGGGACUUGGUUCUGUUGUUAAUUUGGGUUCGUAAUUUGCGAGUAGAUCGAUAGUCCGUACUUCAAUAACUGGAACGAGCAAAACUUGGACGUAACACAGACAAGGAUAUGUAAAUUGGUAGAUAGAAAUAAAACAGGCUUCCGUUACUAGAUUGAAAUAUGAUCAAGUCUUGAUAUUAGAGAGUACGGUCAUAAAUAGCAGUGGGUUUUGAUGUGUUAUAAAAUGGAAUGGUUUCAAAUGAUAGAGGCGAUUUCGGGGCUAUUUUUUAAAAUGGAAAGAGAACCAAAAGACAAUGAAGUGCUAAGGAACGCUAACAACUACACCUUUUACGAUGAUAUUUUUUUACUCUCACUUUUUAUCUAAUAUCAGUCACUGGGGCAUAAUAUUAAAGCCUGACUUAGAGUGUCAUAGGUAAUUAUAGUGGGAUAGAAAAUCCAGCAUAAGAUUGAAAACAUAAGUAUGAGUUGCGAGAGUAAGAGAACAACGAUAGUAUCACUGAUUGAUUGGCUCGUCCUUGGUCGUAAAAGGCCUGAUACAAGCGGAAUUUUCAACUCUGAAAUCAUUAGUAGAUUAAAGUUAUCGCCC